AAAUUUCCGUACUUUCCCAUUUUGCCCCUCCGCACUCACACUGCGAGCACACCCCGUCUCGCUUCACUCGCUCCUCCCAUGGCCACCGCAGUCGCUCCCCACACGGCGCGCUCUACGCCGUCGCACCCACACGGCGCUCUACGCCGCCGCCGUGCCGCCCCCGCCCACACCGCCUUGCUCAAUCUCCGCCUCUCCCUAAAGAGCUGGAGGAUUCCGUCCGGUCAAGAUCGUUUUUUUCGUCAGUGCCCCAAGAUCUGUGAGCAGUGGUGCCCGAUCCGUCGAUACUGGAGUCUGUGGCCACGAGAUCCGGCCAACCGCCGGCGCUGGAACGCCUCCAUACUUCUCUGCGGCGAGCUCACCACCCAAUUUCAGCUUUGGUGACCUCGGCCCAGGAGGUGACGAGGUGGAGGGCGGCAUGGUGGUGCAGAGGUCGCCGGCGCCGCGGCGCCGGGGGGUCACGGUCGGCCCCGCCAAGCUCGAGGGCCUGCCGGCCGCCUGGUCCUCGCCCGCCGUCGCCGCCGUCAAGGUCAAGGCCAACCGCUUCCGGGUCGACGUCGUCGACCCCGGCGCCACCCCGCGCGCCGGCGCACCAUCGCACAGCGGCAGGCCCGACCGCGGCGUAUUCUUCUCCAUCCUAUACUUUUUGGCUCAUUUGUCGCCAGCAAGAUCUCCAUUCUUCUUGUACAUAAAUUGAAGAACAAAGGUAGCGAUAACCAAUGGGUUCUACCUGCAUCCUGGUCUGGAGCAUAACCUCCUGCAGGUGGAGUGUAGCUGACUGGUGGAGUGCAAUUGAGAUCCAACAAAGAUGGAGUGCAAUUGAGUGAUGUUGCAGGGUUGUUUGGCCGGAGCCGGAGACGAACAUGGCGGAGGCGAGCAGCAACAAUUUGUCAGCGGCAGGAGCCUGGAGCAACUGGAGCGGAGCUAUGCAUGCUGGAGAUCGAGGCGAUCCGGGCGUCCUGGGCAGCGAGGAAGAGGAUCGAGAAGCAGCUCCCAGGUGCUCCUGGGCAGCGAGGAAGAGGAUCGAGCUGAGCUGCACGUUCUGGGGAUCCUGGCGACCUGGGGAUCAAGGGGACCAAGGGAUGAGGGCAUCGAUAACCUGGGGAGAAGCAGCGCCCAGGUCCGGAGGCCAGGAGGAGCGACCUGGGGAGGGGGAUCCACGAAGGGCAAAGGCGAUCGUGGACGCCUGGGCGCGCGGGCGGAGGGCGGAGGGCAGAGGGCGAUCGUGGAGGCGGAGGGCGAUCGACGGAGGGCGGAGGGCGAGGGCGGAAGGCGAUCGACGAAGGGCGAAGGUGGAGGCGGAGGGCGAUCGACGGAGGGCGAAAUCUGGGAAGGUACCGGUUCAAAAUCUGGGAAGGGCAAUGCUGUCUUUUUCCCUGUUUUCACCUGGUCGGAAAUAUUCUCCCAACGUCUUACAUUUCUGGACGGAGGGAGUAAAUCACACCGAAUGCCUUGUUCUCUGGAGAAGUAUACAUGGUUGGGCCAACUACAUAUUGAACUUUCUAAAUGAGCGUGGAUUAGAAAGCUGGGUUUGCACUGUUGAAGAGGUGCGCUCUGGUGACGAAACACGAGAAUCUGAACUAGCAGGAAUUGACCCGGUUGUCCUAUCUCGCGCUGUUAUGUUGCUGGUGCAAAACGGCAAAGCUCAUAUCAUUGGAAACGAUGGCAUGUGGUUUAGGGCAGAAUAAGUUUCGGGACUACUACCAGACCUAUCGGAGAUGCUAUUUUGGGGAAUGGUCCUUUGAUGUACCUCUUCUUCAGUGGAUUAUCUGAUAUGUGGGCCCACCAGAUGGGUUGCCCACAUGUCAGCGACCUCACUUUUUUUUUUUUUUUUUUGAUAACCAUAUAUUAAGUCAGCAGGCCGCCUCAUUAAAAACCUCCCAGUCCCCUUCGGUACCCUGGUGAGGAAAAGAGUGCGUCAAGAACCUGCUGCUUUUAAUCCACAAACAUCGAGUUACAAUCAGCCCUCAGGCUGUGAUCAAGAAAACCCGGAGGGUCAGCCUCCCAAGCAAAGGAUCCCUCCUGAAUGCUCGCAUACUUUGCGCAGGAAUGGGCCGCCUGGUUAGCCUCCCGCCGGGUAUGACUAAUACUGUAAGAAACUAAACCACACACUAGCUCACUAAUCUCAUCUAAAAUAGGCCUGAUCACAGACCGAUCACCCAGUCUACCAUGCCAUCUACGAACAAGAUCAACGCAGUCCACUUCAAACACCACUCUAGUAAAAACAUUCUGAACAGCAUAAGAUGCUGCAUCACGAAGCGCGAGAGCUUCAGCUGUGAGGGGGUCAGAGAUGCCCUCAUAAAACUUUCCAAGAGCUCCACGAAAAGACACGACAUCCCGUGCAACAACUCCCGUCGCCGCAGAGCUGUUUUCCCCCCGAAUGGCACCAUCCGAGUUGAUUUUAACACUGUCCGUCGGUGGUUUCUGCCAUUUACAAGAAGGCCUAGCUGACUUAGGCAAAUCAUUGUCAACUGGUAGUUCAAGUGCUUGCAGAGUCUCCCUGACCACUUCCAUAGUCUUCCCUGGAUUGUAACCAGCUUCACCAUGUGUCAGAUUGUUUCUCGAAGACCAUAUCGAGUACAUAACUGUGAUAAUAACUGCUCUCGCCUUUGUGUUGAUCAGCGGGUCACAUAAAAUAUCCCUUGACCAUGUAGCUGGGUGCAAUCUCGGCAAUUUCACUAAGAGCAAAUCUUUUGCCAUAUCCCAAAACAAUUUUGCAUGGUUGCACUCAAUCAGCGCAUGCAUCAAAGUUUCGGAUUCCGCCUUACAGAUUCCACAGGUGCUGUUUUCCCUUAUAUGUCGCCGUGACAGAGUCCCAUAAUCUGGUAAGAUACCUCGAAGAACUCGCCACCAAAACACACGCACCUUUGGUACCACUUGAAGCUUCCACAGACGCUUCCAAACAUCAGUAUCAUUAUCAGAAGAGGAAGGGCUGUCACCAUGUCUCAAGGCCUCCUCCCCCCGAUUCUUAUCGACGAUAGCUCUGUAAGCUGAACGGACCGAGUAGACGCCGGAUUUCUCCUUGUCCCAAGCAGUCCAAUCCUCUCCAGCUGAUCGCCGCAGAGGAAUACUCAAGAUGGCAUCAACAUCAGGAGCGAAAAACAGCUGGCGUAUCAAUGGGACGUUCCACUGAUGAUCAUCAAUUAACUCAUUAACAGUGGUCACAUUCGUGUCCCUCAAACGCCCCAUAGGUCGCAUCGAGGCUGAGUUCGGUAUCCAAUUAUCCUCCCAAAUGGAGAUAGAAUCACCCGAGCCCACUCUCUUAAUCAAGCCCAGUUUCAAAGCCUCUCUUCCCGCUAGCACUGCCCUCCAGGUCCUCGACGCUGCUUUUGGUGCAGUUGCAGUCAUAAGGUUCUGAUUAUGCAGAUAUCUAGUGCUCAAAACCUGGGAACACAGUGAUGUUGGGUUUGUAAGAAUCCUCCAAGCUUGUUUGCCUAGCAAAGCCACAUUGAAAGCAUGCAUAUCUCGGAAGCCCAUACCACCUUGGCCCUUUGGAACGGCAAGUUUAUCCCAUGCCACCCAAUGCAUAGAUCUCUUGUCCAAAUUUCCACUCCACCAGAAGUUACUCAUGAGGGAUGUUAAUUUCUUGCAAGACCCUUUAGACAGUAGGAAACAACUCAUGCUAUGGCACGGCUUGGCCUGGAUCACUGAUUUGAUCAAUGCUUCCUUUCCCGGGUAUGCAAGUUUCUUCUCCGCCCACCCAUUAAUCUUCCCCCUGGAACUUUUAGCAAUAUACUCAAACGCAUCACUAGUCAGUCUACCAACAGCUGUCGGCAGACCUAAGUAUUUCUCACUAAAGGCCUCAGAUUGGAUAUUUAGCACUUGCUUUACCGCCUCACUACAAAGGGUAGUAUGUCAGAAGAUCUGUGCCCGCUAGUUUGGGCCGAUCUUGUAGCUUAUGGACUAUCUAUUUCUACAGGGUGGAGGUGUGCCAAUGCACCCUCAUCAUUUGUUCGAAGGAAUGAAGUGUAAAGAACACUUGUAAAAAUAUUCUAUUUUUGAAUAAUUUAUGUAAGAGUCUCGUUA